AUGAAAUUCCAAGCGUAUGAAACAUUCGAAACACCCCAACACGAUACGCAAAGCGAAUUCAUGAUAAUGCUCGUUUCGGCAGUAUUAAUUUCACUGCUGUCAUUUAUUGCUCUCCUCUUGAAUGCAAUAACGUUUGCGUUCUUCACUCUUAAAAUAUCACGAAGUAUGGUAUCGUUCAAAGAGAAGAAUGAAUUCGCCGAACGCUUGCUGUCAUACAGGCGGUUUUCGGAGGAUUUGAUCGGUAAAUUGAGUAGUUUGGCGAAUUUUGAUGCCACUGAAAAUGAGAAAGAAACAUCAACGAUGCUCGGCACAACUUAA